AAAAACAAUAACAACUUUUGACGGAUUCGUCCCCCCCCCCAAAAAAAAAAAGAAGCUUCUGGCGGAUUCCAUCAUCAUCUUGGUUUUUUUUUCGAGGACGACUCGUCAUGGCCUCGAGCAUGUCCUUGAGACGUCUGAAGGUCGUUGUUGUGGCCUUCGCGCUGGUCGUCCUCGUCGCUGAUGAGGUCGAAGGCGGAGUGGCAGCCAGGAGCGGGCAGUGUGCCCUCUACGGCGGCCGCUGCCUCCCCUCGGACGCCUGGGUCUGCCACGCCCUCGGGGGACCGGCGGCGUGCGCUGACGGAGGCGACGUCUGCUGUGAUGAAUGCCCCUUUAAGACGCGCUCGCAGUGCCUGGAGAACAACGGCAUCUGCAAAUCGACCUGCGCCCCCGACGAGCAAGCGUUGCAAGGCGGCUGCAGGGGAGACGGUUGCAUCUGCUGCGCCUCCUGCAGGAUCACGCCGAGUUGCCAGGCGAGGGGCGGGUCCUGCGUCAGGAACGUGACGGAUUGUCCUUCGGAAUUGGUCGACGGCGACGGCUGCGAGGGAGGCCAGUGCGCGUGCUGCCUGCCGCCGCCCGGAACCACCACGCAAUCGCCUCCAACCUGCAGUGGGGUCAAAGAAAUCAACUCAACCUACGGGGUCAUCAGCAUGGGGUCAGAGGUCAGCCUGUACGAGAACAACCUGGACUGCGAGUGGCGAAUCGAGGUCAGGCCGGGUCAUCAGCUGACCUUGGUGUGGCUGAGGAUGAACAUCGAGGACGAGGACGAGUGUGGUUUCGACUUUGUGGAGGUUCAAGGAGAAAGCGAAGAGAGCUCGAAAUUCUGCGGCUUCGAGCUUCCUUCUCCCCCAACGACCACGCACACGACCCCCGUUGUCGUUCGUUUCCACUCCGAUGCGUCUGUUGCUGGCACUGGCUUCGUCUUACUUCAUUACGUCAUACCAACGGAACGAGAAGUGACAUCACCUCCCCCUCCUCCUUCACCUCCUCCUCCCCCUUCCCCUCCCACUCCCCCUCCCCCUCCUCCGCUCUUCUGCAAUGGAUCAUACGAGAUAAGGGGCUUCUCGGGCAACAUCAGGGCUUCCUAUCUCCCCGUCUACGAGAACAACAUGGACUGCGAGUGGAAGGUGACGACGCCGGAGAAUUCCCUCGUCCGCUUCCACUUCAGGAGCUUCGACCUCGAGGACUCCACAGGCUGCGGCUUCGACUACCUGGAGCUGGAGGACCUGUCGGUGCCUGGUCUUAAUCUCACGGGGAGUCGUCUGUGCGGCAGCGAAGUCCCAGGUGAUAUCACGACCUUCGGCAACCAGGUCGUGGUCAGGUUCCACUCCGAUUCCUCUGUCAUGGGUCGCGGCUUCGUCCUCCACUUCGAUGCUGUGUUCGCCCGUCCUCCCCCUCCUCCACUCGUCUGCAAUGGGACAUAUGGAAUGAAUGGCCUCUCCGGCUACAUCAGGCCGACCUACAACGACACUUACGAGAAUUACAUGGACUGCGAGUGGAGGGUGACGACGCCGGGGAAUUCCCAGGUCCGCUUCCACUUCGAGAGCUUCGACCUGGAGAACUCCACAGGCUGCGGCUUCGAUUACCUGGAGCUGGAAGACCUGUCGAGGCCCGGUUUUAUUCUGACGGGUGGUCGUCUGUGCGGCAGCGAAGUCCCAGACGACAUCAACUCGGUCAGCAACCAGGUCGUAGUCAGGUUCCACUCCGAUUCCAUCGUCGUUGGCCGCGGCUUCCUCCUCCACUUUGAGACAGUCUUCAUCCCGCCUAUACCGCCUCCUCCCAUCUGUAAUGGAACAUACGAGUUCAACACCAUCGCCGGCUACAUCAGGCCGACCUACAACGGCACUUACGAGAACAACAUGGACUGCGAGUGGAGGGUGACGAUGCCGGGGAAUCUCCUCGCCCGCUUCCACUUCGAGAGCUUCGACCUCGAGGACUCCACAGGCUGCGGCUUCGACUACCUGGAGCUGGAGGACCUGUCGGUGCCUGGUCUUAAUCUCACAGGAGGUCGUCUAUGCGGCAGCGAAGUCCCAGACGACAUUUACUCCGUCAGCAACCAGGUCGUAGUCAGGUUCCACUCCGAUUCCUCCGUCGUUGGCCGCGGCUUCGUCCUCUACUAUGAGGUAGUCUACACCCUGCCUGCACCACCAUCACCACCCUCACCUCCUCCACCGACUCCACCGCCUCCACCGCCUCCACCCUUCUGCAAUGGAACAUACGACCUGACCGGUGACAACGGCUCCAUCACCCCCGGCCCCGUCAACGCCUCCUACGAGAAUAACAUGGACUGCGAGUGGCGGAUAACGACCUCCGAAGGCACCCAGGUCGUCCUCGAUUUCCACUUCUUCGACCUGGAGGCUGACCCGGACUGCAGAUUCGACUACCUGGAGGUGGAGGACCUGGCGACGGGUCUCUCUCUUGGAAGAGGGCGCAUGUGUGGUACCGACCUACCAGGAACCAUCCAGUCCUCCAGCAACCAAGUCGUAGUCAGGUUCCACUCCGAUUCCUCUGUCGUUGGCCGCGGCUUCGUCCUCGAUUUCAGCGCUCUCUCUUCCGUCGAAACAACCACUGCAAUCAACACGUAUUUUUGCAACGGAUCAGUUGCGCUGGAUUUAUACUUCGGUUCCAUCAGACCAACUCUGAACUCUUUGCUUUACGAUAACAACAUGGACUGCGAGUGGACUUUGACGACGCCGGAAGGAACCAUAAUUGUAUUCAACUUCAUGAGCUUCGACUUGGAGUACAGUGAAGAUUGCCUCUAUGAUUACUUGGAGCUGGAGGACCUGUCGAGACCUGGACAAUACCUCGGAGGGGGUCGUCUGUGUGGCAGCGAAGUCCCAGGCGACAUCUUCUCCUUCAGCAACCAGGUCGUAGUCAGGUUCCGGUCUGAUUCCUCCGUCGUUGGCUCCGGCUUCGUCGUCUACUUCGACAGCCUUUACUCCAGCAAAUCGACCACUCCGAGUAGGCCGACCACGCCAGGUAAAUGGACUCCUCCAGAAACGCCAUCCACUCGAGCGUCGUCCUCAACCCGACAGACUUACUGGCCGGAAAUCCUCCCCUCAGGGUCCUCGACGGGAACCUGGGAAGACACGACCACGCCAGGUGACUCGACCACGCCAGGUGACUCGACCACUCCAGGUGUAUGGACAGAAACGCCAUCCACUCGAGCAUCGUCCUCAACUCGACAGACUUACUGGCCGGAAAUCCUCCCCUCAGGGUCCUCGACGGGAACCUGGGAAGACACGACCACGCCAGGCACGCCACCCACAACGACUCCUGGGCGCGAGACGACCACCGCCUCCACAUUCACGACGAGAGUUUGGUUCGACACGACCACGCCAGGUGACUCGACCACAGGGUCCUCGACGGGAUCCUGGGUGGACACCACGCCCGCCCCCCUCUGCGCCGCCCACAGCUACCUGACAGCGCCCUCAGGGACCGUGAGCGCCUCCGCGGCCUCCUCGUACCCCAACGACCUCUCGUGCGAGUGGGAGGUCGUGGCGCCGGAGGACUCGACCAUCCAGUUCGCCUUCGUCGCCUUCGACGUCGAGUCCUGCAGCUCCUGCCUCUGCGAUUACGUCGAGCUGCUCGACGCGGCGGCGCCCGAGCGGCCUCUGGGCGGAUCCCGCCUGUGCGGCGCCGCGCUCCCCGCCCCCGUGGCCUCGCUCAGCAACCGCGUCCGCGUCCGCUUCGUCACCGACUUGUCCGUCGGCAACAAAGGCUUCGAACUCCGCUACCAAUUCGUCAGCGCCGGCACGCCACCCACAACGACCCCUGGGCGCGAGACGACCACCGCCUCCACAUUCACGACGAGAGUUUGGUUCGACACGACCACGCCAGGUGACUCGACCAUAGGGUCCUCGACAGGAUCCUGGGUGGACACCACGCCCGCCCCCCUCUGCGCCGCCCACAGCUACCUGACGGCGCCCUCAGGGACCGUGAGCGCCUCCGCGGCCUCCUCGUACCCCAACGACCUCUCGUGCGAGUGGGAGGUCGUGGCGCCGGAGGACUCGACCAUCCAGUUCGCCUUCGUCGCCUUCGACGUCGAGUUCUGCAGCUCCUGCCUCUGCGACUACGUCGAGCUGCUCGACGCGGCGGCGCCCGAGCGGCCUCUGGGCGGAUCCCGCCUGUGCGGCGCCGCGCUCCCCGCCCCCGUGGCCUCGCUCAGCAACCGCGUCCGCGUCCGCUUCGUCACCGACUUGUCCGUCGGCAACAAAGGCUUCGAACUCCGCUACCGAUUCGUCAGCGCCGGCACGCCACCCACAACGACCCCUGGGCGCGAGACGACCACCGCCUCCACAUUCACGACGAGAGUUUGGUUCGACACGACCACGCCAGGUGACUCGACCAUAGGGUCCUCGACAGGAUCCUGGGUGGACACCACGCCCGCCCCCCUCUGCGCCGCCCACAGCUACCUGACGGCGCCCUCAGGGACCGUGAGCGCCUCCGCGGCCUCCUCGUACCCCAACGACCUCUCGUGCGAGUGGGAGGUCGUGGCGCCGGAGGACUCGACCAUCCAGUUCGCCUUCGUCGCCUUCGACGUCGAGUUCUGCAGCUCCUGCCUCUGCGACUACGUCGAGCUGCUCGACGCGGCGGCGCCCGAGCGGCCUCUGGGCGGAUCCCGCCUGUGCGGCGCCGCGCUCCCCGCCCCCGUGGCCUCGCUCAGCAACCGCGUCCGCGUCCGCUUCGUCACCGACUUGUCCGUCGGCAACAAAGGCUUCGAACUCCGCUACCGAUUCGUCAGCGCCGACCGGACAGCCCUGCCAAUGACAUCAUAAGGUGUUAAAUCCAGUGUGACGGAUAACGAACGUAUAACAAAUUUCUUGACGAGGAAAAUGAAUUGGUAAAUAAAAGUGUUGAUUAUUAUUGGAAGGCAUUUACAUAAUGAAAAUAAUUUGUGCAACACGAAUAGAAACACAACAUUGCAAUUGAUGUUUGUUGAUUUAUCACUCUGUGGGGGAAAAAAAUGUACUAAUUUCUUAAUAAGAAUUGAAAAGAAUAUAAAAAAUCUUCGCUAAUCUUAAUCUGUUAAAACAAUAUCUCGUUUUAAACACAUUUUCUAUAAUUGGAAAAUUUUGUUUUAAUCGAUAUAGCAACUGAUUUUCUCUAUUCUAAUUAAAGAGAGAUUGGGAACAUAUUAUUUAAAUUCCUUUAUCAUUGUGUUGCCACUAAACAAAAAAAUAAUUAUCAAAAUAAACAAUUGAGAAGUAGA